CCUCCUCCCUUCCUCUCAGUGCUUACAAUUUUUGAACUAUAUAUACACGCCUCAAAGACUCCGCCAUUCACAAACCCACAACUCCGUUAUUAUUAUCUCACCCCAACUUGAAUUGAAGCUGUCUCUGAAUUCGAUAUUUUUGAAGAAAAUUUUCACCCAAAGAAAGGGUUCAUGUGCAGCGGUUCAAAGAGCGAAAUUUGCCCUUUUGAUUUGGAGAUGGAGGCUGAAUUUCAAGAUAAUAAAGGAAGGGUUUUCUUUAGAAGUUGCUCGAAGUUGCUUGAGUUGGCAGCCACAGACGAUCUGGGUGGUUUUAUAUGUGAAGUAGAAGAGAGGGGUUGUGAUAUUGACGAGGUGAGCUUUUGGUAUGGCAGAAGCUUUGGCUCAAAAAAGAUGGGGUUUGAAAAGAGGACCCCUCUUAUGAUUGCUUCCUUGUAUGGAAACACUGAGGUUUUGAAGUAUAUUAUUGGAACUGGAAAGGUUGAUGUCAAUAGAUCAUGUAGCUCAGAUGGAGCUACUGCUCUCCAUUGUGCUGCUGCCAGCGGAUCCUGGUCAUCGGUAGAGGUUGUUAAAAUCCUGAUUGACGCCUCUGCCAAUUUCAGUGCUGUUGAUGCCAAUGGGAAGAAACCUGGUUAUCUGAUUGCUCCUUGUAUAAAGUCCUCCAGCAAUUCGAAGAGGAAAACUUUGGAGAUGCUGUUGAACGGCUUAAACGGUGAGGCUGGUGAUGAUGAGGACAUAAGCCCCACAGCCGAGAGAAAGGAAUAUCCCAUUGAUAUAUCUUUGCCAGACAUAAACAAUGGUUUAUAUGGAACUGAUGAGUUCAGGAUGUAUAGUUUUAAGGUGAAGCCUUGUUCAAGGGCUUAUUCUCAUGACUGGACUGAGUGCCCUUUCGUCCAUCCCGGUGAGAAUGCAAGGAGGCGUGAUCCAAGGAAGUAUCACUACACUUGUGUGCCUUGUCCUGAAUUCAAGAAGGGAACUUGUGCUAAGGGUGAUUAUUGUGAAUAUGCGCAUGGUGUUUUUGAGUCCUGGCUUCAUCCCGCACAGUAUAGAACCCGGCUUUGUAAGGAUGAGGCUGGAUGCUCAAGAAAAGUAUGUUUUUUCGCACAUAGGCCUGAGGAGUUGCGUCCAUUGUAUGCUUCUACAGGUUCAGCUAUGCCUUCCCCGAAGUCUGUUUCAGCCAAUUCAAUGGACUUGACAACAUUGAGCCCGUUGUCUCUUGGUUCAUCUUCGUUGAUGCUGCCAAAUACUUCGACGCCUCCAAUGUCUCCUUCGGUUACCUGUUCAUCUCCCAUGGGUGGUGGCCCGUGGCAGAACAAGGUGAACCUUUCACUGCCUUCAGUGCAGCUGGGAGGUAGCCGGCUGAAGACAACCUUGAGUGCAAGAGAUAUGGAAUUGGAUAUGGAUUUGCUUGGAUUGGAAAAAAUUCGCACCCAACACCGACAGAGGCAGCAGUUGGUGGAUGAGAUGGCCAGCCUCUCUUCCCCCUAUAGCAGAAUCGGCGAUUUGAAGCCUACUAAUCUUGAUGAUAUUUUCGGAUCUCUUGACCCUUCUUUAGUUUCUCUAUUGCAGUGCCACUCGCCUAAUGUUAAUAAUGCCACCACCUCGCAGUUGCAAUCUCCGACCAGCCUUCAGCAUCGCCAAAACAUGAACCAACUCCGAGCAAGCUACCCUUCCAAUCUCCCAUCCUCUCCAGCGAGGAAGCUCUCCACUUUUGGGUUCGAUUCCGUCAUGAACUCAAGGUCAUCUGCUUUUGCGAAGCGCAGCCAGAGCUUUAUUGACCGUAAUGGGGUUAGCCAUAGGUCUAGCCUUCAAGGUGCAGCUAAUUCCCCAACUGCCAUGUCAUCCAAACUAUCGGAGUGGGGCUCUCCAGAUGGGAAAUUAGAAUGGGGCUUCAAUGGUGACGAGGUGAACAAGCUUCGAAAAUCAUCAUCUUUUGGUUUUCGCAGCGACGCCUCUGCAAUGACUCAGUUGAAUGUGAAUGAACCGGACGUCUCCUGGGUGAAUUCAUUGGUAAAAGAUGUGCCCUCUGCUAGUCCCAGGCGAUAUAGUCCAGACCAAAAUCAUGGAGGGGUUCAUGAUACGGUGCCGCAUUGGGUCGAUCAAUUGUAUCUAGAGCAAGAACAGGUUGUGGCUUAAUCCUGGAUCAUCGUUUGCUAGGUUGAAUGAUUCUUUCAGAUUCUUAAUUCAUAUUUUAUACGUUUAGAUGGUUCAAGAGACACGUAACAUUUGAUUUGGAAGAAUGAAUGACGACUGAUCAUGUAUUGCUUCAAGAGUUACAAAUAUUGUAGCCAAGAAAGAAUUUUUUUUUCUUUUUCUUUUUUUUGGGGAGAUGGUUUUAUGUAUUCCUUAACGUUCAAGAGAUGAGGAAGGAAUUCCAAGAUAAAUGGUUUUAUGUAUUCCUUGACGUUCAAGAGAUAAGGAAGGAAUUCCAAGAUAAAUUUGUCGCUUUGUUGAAUCCAAGUUUAUGUAUUCUGGUAUUUUAUACUAAUGAAAAGUGGUUUCACAAAA